AUGUCUUGCUGCGGCAGCGCCGAGGAGGACACGUACGGCCCGCCGGCGAACCAAGCCGCUCCGCCGCCCAACGUCAACGCUCCCGGCAACAGAGGCGGGCCGAGGGGGCCCGGCGCCGCGAGGCCCGGAGGGCCGCCCAAGGUGCUCACCAUCGAUGUGCCGGCGAUCCCGCUAGACGAGCUCAACAAGAUGACUAACAAUUUCAGCGACAAGGCCCUCAUCGGCGAGGGCUCCUACGGCCGCGUCUACAAUGGUACCCUUAGCGACGGCCGCCCCGCCGUCAUCAAGAAGCUCGAUCCCAGCGCCUCAACGGAGUCCGACUCGGAAUUCUCUGCUCAGCUAGCAAUGGUCUCCAAGCUUAAGAACGAGUACUUCGUGGAACUCCUGGGCUAUUGCAUGGAGGAUGGGAACCGCAUGCUGGCCUAUCAAUUUGCAACCAUGGGUUCUUUGCAUAAUAUCUUGCACGGCAAGAAAGGAGUGCAGGGCGCUGAACCUGGGCCGGUGCUCAACUGGGCUCAGCGCGUGAAGAUAGCUUACGGAGCGGCAAGGGGGCUAGAGUACCUACAUGAAAAAGUCCAACCAUCGAUUGUUCAUCGAGAUAUUCGGUCGAGUAACGUCCUAAUAUUCGACGAAUUCAGCUCCAAGAUUGCGGACUUCAACCUGACAAACCAGGGCACGGACACCGCUGCCCGGUUACAUUCGACUCGUGUGCUAGGAACAUUUGGAUACCACGCACCAGAAUAUGCUAUGACAGGGCAAAUCAACCAAAAGAGUGACGUCUAUAGCUUCGGCGUGAUCCUACUAGAACUACUGACGGGAAGAAAACCGGUCGAUCACACCAUGCCGAAAGGGCAGCAAAGUCUUGUUACUUGGGCCACUCCAAGGUUGAGCGAAGAUAAAGUAAAACAAUGUGUUGAUCCAAAGCUCAACAGUGACUACCCUCCAAAAGCCGUCGCCAAGCUAGCAGCAGUGGCAGCGCUGUGCGUGCAGUACGAAUCCGACUUCAGACCGAACAUGACGAUCGUUGUGAAGGCGAUUCAGCCCCUUCUCAACCAAAAACCGGCUGGACCAGCCGCCGAAGCACCGAGACCCUGA